AGUCCACCACCGAGGCUUGACUAGUGAAUACGUCCGCUCGCACUAUCGCACGUAUCGAUAGAAGAGUGAAGCUGUCGCGAUUAUUUCGAAUAAAAGAAUUGUGUUGUGUACUUUUUUUUUUUUGAGAAAAACAGAUAUUUAGUGCUGUGACGCCUUGGGCAGGCGAGUUUCUUUUCUUGUAAAGAGCCCGUAAUGUCCAUCUGAAGGCAAAAGAAAUUCAGCCGCAGCCAUGGCGUGUGCAGGCGCGUUACUUCUGGAGACGCGGCCCUUCAGGCCCUUCAAGUCCUCCGAGGAGUACUUAUAUGCAAUGAAAGAGGAUCUGGCGGAGUGGCUCACACAACUGUACCCAGAACUAAGGAUCACUGCUGAAAACUUCCUCGACCGACUCGACACAGGCGUUGCUCUUUGCCGGCACGCCAAUGCAGUGAGAGAGUCUGCCCGUCUUAUCCUAGAGUCACCCGCAACAGAAACUGAAGAUGCUGUGACCCUCGCUAAAGCUCUUCGCGCCCGACCUCCAGUCAACAUGCUCCCAGCGGCCAAAGCCGGUACUUUCUUUGCCAGAGACAACGUCUCCAACUUCAUCGAAUGGUGUCGCCGCGCCCUCGGAAUAUUAGAAUGCCUUCUUUUCGAAACAGAUGACUUAUGCCUGCGAAAGAAUGAAAAACACGUCGUUCUUUGCCUACUCGAAGUAGCCAGAAAGGGCGCAGUUCUUGGCAUGCCGGCUCCUCUACUUGUACAAAUGGAGAAACAGAUUGAAAGAGAAUUGGCUGGAGAAGAAUUGAGACCAGACGAUUCUGCCUUAGGACUAGUGCCCCAAGGCCCACAACGACAGUUAGUGACAAAUGACUUGAGAAGUUUGGAUGAGAGAGUUAGAGAUCUGGUAGAGAGGUGUUCUUGUCCCACACAAUUCCCAAUGGUCAGGGUGUCUGAAGGAAAAUACAGGAUUGGUGACACCAGAAUCCUGAUCUUUGUCAGGAGCGUCUCGAACACGAUGAUGGCUGUCACAUGGACAAGAAUGAACGUGUGGAUGUCUACGUCAGCCUGACCACUGGCCUCCGGAAGACAGACUUCUCCGACACUUUCUACGGUGGUCAGAGCAGAAAGACCAGUUCGGUCGACGACAAAUCUAAUCGGGCCAGUCCCGAAUGCAACAUAAGCACAGAAAACAACGAUUCCCCAAGCAAGAGUCUCAGACCCAACAGAGAAGUUUCGGAAUCACCAACGAAGACCAUAAGGAGUAGACAGGCGAGUCGUAUUCCACACUCGCCAGUCAGGAACCGAACACCGAGCCGUGGCAACACACCGACCCGUGGCAGCACACCGAGCCGUGGCAACACACCGAGCCCCAAACACACUCCAAAGCCAGUACAGACAUCGCCAAAGCUAAAGCCCAAACUGCCUCCAACAGCUAGGAAUACAUGGAGUGGUAGGACUGCUCCAACACAGACUAAGACGAAGACCCGACCCACAAUUGGAGCAGACACCUUCGAUAAUCCCAACAAAUCGCCGAAGGCAAAGCCUAAAGCUGGCCAAACGGAGGCGUUCAAGCGAAAUUCACCUCUAAGAGCCAGCAGUGCAACGCUGCGUUCCCCUUCUCACCAGAAGCAAUUAAGCCCUUUACUUGAACAGAUCUUAAGGUCCGCGGAAACCGCUAAAGACGACGCGACCGUCUUAGAAAAGAUGAAAGAGAUAAUUAGAUCUUAUUCAAAGGGAGAAGACUCUAUAUCGAGGACAAGCUCGAAAGACUCUGAUUACGCUGACUUUACAUCAGCGUGGGUUAUGUCGGACGGUAAGCUAGAAAGGUCUACAAGUACCAGACAGUUAGCGGCGCCCAGAAAAGAUCCUAAGACAGGCGGGUCGAGGAUACCAGCUCCUGUUUCCAUCGGCUGCAGAAGAUCUACGUCUACUUCGCAGUUCCAAUGACAACUUUCGCUUAAGAAUGCGACAAUUGACUCUAAGACUGAGCAAGUGUGAUUGUGAUGUGAUUAUACGUGAAUCGUAUUUGAUCAAUGUUGGUGCAAAUGUUUGCAUAGAUCGUGGUGAAAUUCUAGUUCACUGUGAACGAUAACUGUACAACUAUUGGGCGCUACAUUUCCAACGGUUUGGUCAAAUGAAGCCCUUUUAUAUAUUAACAUUAAUAACAACUAUCAUAUCUUUAUAAAAGUAUAUAUCUUAAUUAGUGCUAACGUAGCAUUAUAUAAAAUGCAAAAUGCGAAAAAAUGUCGAAUUCCCUUCUAAAGCACGGUUGCGGAGCAGGAUUUUUUUAUUGCUUUGCAUUUUUAAACUUAAUUCCCAUCACAAAAAGUUAUAUUUUUAUUGCAUCUAAGAUAGUUUUAGGACCUUUUGAACAGUAUUUGUGAUUUGAAAACCGAGUAUAUUCUCAAGUGAUUAAAGUUCACAUUUGUAUGAAUUGCAAUAAUUUAAAAUUCUUCCUGCUCCACGAUCACGCCAUAGCGGUAUAUGUCGUAACCUUAGAUUAGUACUAAAUUGUAUUUAGAGUAGACAAGUGUACUAACCAUUGCAUGACUUAAUAAAAUAUUCACGAUCUGGAUAAAUAAUUUGAAAAUAUAUUCGAAUGAGUUAAGUCCAAUUAUUGACCUGAGUAUCCCGUUAUACAUGUAGGAAUGAUGGUGCUAAAGAAAAGUUUAUGUUAAGUUGCCUGUUUGUAUUUAAUUAUAUUUUUGACCGACUCAGUUUUAAUAUGAAUUGAUAUUCAAACCUUUCAGUUCGAUUGAAUAAAUAAAAUAUUAUAGUCGAAUAGAAAUUUAGACGAAAUCAAUUCAACAUUUUUGCUCCUUAAUUAAAAAUAGUAAUGUUGAGUUUUUCUUUCAUUACAACGCAUUUUCGAUAAAAAAAAAAAUUUUAUAUAUUAUUAUUUAAAGUUUUAUUUAAGAGAUAUUUGUAUUAAGUUUUGUAGUCAAUAGUUAUUUUUAGGCUAUGAUUGCUAUAUCCCCGAUGUUUAACGUUCUCUAAAUUAAUAACAAAGAAAACGCGUUCUGUAGCUGUAUUAAGUAUCAUUCCUCGCCUGAGCCGGGAGUUUUGGCAAUUUUUUUUAUAUUUUUUUUAAAUUCAGCAAUCUCAUUGUUAUAUGAUAGGUUGUGAAGGGCUUAGAGCUUAUAAAUGUGAGAAUUCUUGGCUUAAGUUAAAUGUUCUUAUACUUACUAACAAUAUUUUUCAAUAUUUUGUAAUUUGAUAACAUUAUUUAAAGUAAUGAAUUAUAAAUAAAUAAAUUUCAAUGUAACCAAGUGUAUCAAGUAGUAAUCAGUGCAGGAAACGUGAAAAAGUAUAGGUUAGAUUAGUAAUGCAAAUAAUUAUCGAUUUACCUCACUAGUAUAGUGAUAACAGAAAAAAUAUUUUUGCACUUUGAAUAUAGAUGUUACCGUCCAAUUUAAAGGUGAUCCGAAACACAUCGCUUCCUUUGUUCUUAUAUAUAAUUUAACUUGGAAGUUAAAUUAGCGAACGAAGCGGCUCUACGUCGGUAUUAAAAUUAAACUAUAGUAAUUUCCAAGGCGGUAGACAGAGUCUAAAGAGCAGCGGUACUGUUAAUAUGGGUUUAGACGGAAAAUUGUGGAAAAAGUGAUGCAUGGAUAACUCACUCACUCGUCUCAGACAGCGUCGAAAAACGGAACCAACGUACAUUUUUAUUUUUCACGCGCAUCCUAUAGCAUCCAUUAUGUAACGCUAUAUAUAUUGUUUUUUUUUUUCGUUUAUACUAUAUUUGUUAUUUAUCAGUGUCUUAAAUUGUAUACUAUAGUGUUUUUAAACUUAGGUGACAAAAUAGCGCCAUAAGCACGAUACAAAAUUAAUUACUAACAUUGUAAAUCAGCCAGAUCAUUGCAUCUUAUAAUGCUCGGCCCGGUACAUGAGCCGUCAUCUAUAUAUCUAUUUGUUUACUUUCUUAACGUUCUAAUGAGAUAUUUGUAAAGAUUAUGCAAUAAAUAAAUAUAUAGACGGCGGCUUAAUACCGUUGAUAUUUUGAGUUUUAUCUAAGAAUUGUUAGGAUUAAAAUUCCUUAGAUAACACUCGAAGGCUCAACUUUUAUCUGAAAUGCUAUAUAAUCGGCUGUUGUUACACUCUUAAUUGAUUUUUUUUUAAAUAUUUCACCUGAUAAGUAUUAUGCACAUAUCGCAACGUGAAACACAUUUUACAAUUUCAACUCGAUCUUAAUAAAUUUUGCUCGAGAUUCAAAAGAUAAAUAUGAUAUUAAAUAUGAUUAAGAGUGUAACAUUGGUCGGACAACGCUAGAGGCUAAGUGCAACUUAGUUAUGUAACAGUUUCUUCUUCGAAAUAACGUUACCAGUGACUAUGCCAUAGAAAUUUGUUAUAAUUCACUCAAUAAACCAAUAAGACAG